UUUAAGAGCGGCCGGUGACGUCACCGCCUGGUUUACUGGCUUUGUUUAGCCGUUCGAGCCUCAGACUGACCAGAGACACCGAGGCUCCUCCAGCACCGACAACACCGAGACUACCGGAGCUCCGAGCCGUUUAUCACCGGGCCGUCGCCGAGCUACGACCCUCCACAGACAUGCCGUCCGACAGACCCUUCAAGCAGCGGAGGACAUUCGCUGACCGAUGCAAAGAGGUCCAGCAGAUCCGUGAGCAGCACCCCAACAAGAUCCCUGUGAUCAUUGAGAGGUAUAAGGGAGAGAAGCAGCUUCCUGUUUUGGACAAGACCAAGUUCCUGGUUCCUGAUCAUGUCAACAUGAGCGAGUUGGUCAAGAUCAUCAGACGUCGGCUGCAGCUGAACCCCACCCAGGCCUUCUUCCUGCUGGUCAACCAGCACAGCAUGGUGUCCGUCUCCACAUCCAUCUCUGAGAUCUAUGAGCAGGAGAGGGACGAGGACGGCUUCCUCUACAUGGUCUACGCCUCUCAGGAGACCUUCGGCUGCGAGGAGGUCUGAUGGAGGUCUGGAUGGAUGGAGGUCUGAUGGAGGUGUGGUCCAGGUCCGGUCCUCCUCGCUGUGGUCAGUCAGUCAUUAAAGUUUGAGGAGCUGCUGGUUCAUUUCCUGAAAUCUCAGGAAAUGAACCAUCCGGUGGAGUUCAGAAGACAUCUUCUAGAAAAGCUGAACUUUAAACGUUCAGACUCCGUCCUCCUCUGUCUGGAAGCUCCGUCCUCGUUUUUUUUAAACUCACGUUCUUUUUAAAUCCUAGUUUAGUUCGUAGCUCCGCGUUUGUUUUCAUCACACGUUUACUGUCAGCCUGAAGCUACCGAGCGGCUGACUGACGGGCUCCACGGUUACCGUCGGGCUCCGCGGUUACCGUCGGCGGUGACCUUCCAUGUGCAAUAUUUCCUCACCUCCCUGUACAGAUACUGUCAGCUCUCACUCACACAAGGGAACUAGCGUUAGCAUUAGCAUUAGCCACAACCUGGCUCCGCCUCACAUCCGUUAAAGAGCACAACAGCAUCAUGACUCACCGUUUAGAGCGACCAAUCAGGUGGAAGCAUGAAGGAUUCACUCCCAUCCAGCCUAAAGGUGAAGCCCUUUUCAGACACAACAUCCAAACGUUUCUAAAGUAUCUCAUCAUUUUACACGACGUCUACAGCACAGGAAGUGGUUCAGAAAACAGAAUAAUUCACUGAAACUAAGAGAUCAAACUAAACUCUGAGCUGUCUGAGGGGAGGAGAAGUCUGAGCUGAGGUUCAACAAUGAUCCAUCAUGUCUCCAUGAAGAGGACAACAAACAGCAAGAAACAGUUUGGUGUUUACUUUAGAGGAAACACUCCUAAACAACAUGUUUAGGAAUGUUUCCUCGGAGUUUAUUAGGAUCCAGAUGAGGGAGAGCUGCUUUAAUUGAGAGGAAACAACCAUCGUUGAAUCAUCAGUGAUUCUCAUUAUUCCGACCCGUUAAAUUCUGUUUUCAUUGCAGUAGUUAAUUUUUAAAACAUUUCCGUUUCUGAUCAACACUCAAACAGCUUCUUUUUCCUUUUUCUGCCGUGAUUGGACCAGUUUCGGUGCUAAAAUGUGGAAAACUGAUUCCACUAAUCGCCUCACAAGCAUCAAAGUCACGUCGACCGUUUGCCACUUUAGGAUGAAGCGUGUGAAAAGGGUUUUACUGGCUGGGAGUGAGGAUUUAAUCUUGUGUUGAGUCCUACGUUUUUCCUCCUGAGAUGGAAGGUUGUAAUAAUAAAUAAUAUGAAUAAACCCAGUAAGAAAAGCUUGUAAAACACUACAGUAGCGUAGAAUAAAGCUAUUUAAUGUAGGAACGAAUGAGCUUCUUUUGCACAGGAACUAAUCGGAGAAUCAAAGAGUCGGCGUUGAGUUUUUUAGGUUUUCUUCUUUUGUAUCUGCUCCUGUCUGCCUUUUCUUUAACUCCAUUUUAAAGACAGAAAAAAGCUCGUGAUGCAUGUUUUCUUUUUCUUUUUUAUAAAUGUACGUUGAUUUUAAGCUUUGGAUAUGAUUGUUUUUAAUUUUUAGAUGUUUCCUGAACCAAAAACAAAUGUAAAGAAAAACUGUGUGCGUAUCAGCGAUCAUAUAAUCAGCUGUUCUUAUUUAGAGUGUAAAUAGACGCUGCAGCCCAUUCUAAGCGUUUGCCAAGAAAUAAAGAAAAACGUUGCCUUUAAAA